AUGGCCAUCACACCGACCCAAUUCGCCAAGACGACCCGGCAGUCGGCCAACUGGAACGACGCAAAGCGACGGGUUCUCGCUUCGUACCGAGAAUGGAUCCGAGCUGCGCCCGAGAUCCAGACCAUGUACAACGUCCCACUCCCCGUGUCCGUCCUCCGCACCCGGAUACGCGAGGAGUUUGAACGCCACAGGUUCGCCAAGAAGCUGCCUGUCGUCGACGUCUUGAUCUUCAAGAGCCAUGCCGAAUACCAGGAGACGAUGAACUUCUGGAAGCAGACCACGCACAUCAUGUCCUACUUCAAGGAGGAGAACUUUAGAGGAGACAAGCGGUUGCCCAACAGCUUCAUGACCGGGUUCUUGGAGGUAAGCCAAACACAUACGCAUGUGUGUUGA